ACAGUAGCAAUCAAAUCAAAAACUCGCCCGUGAUUUUGCUUCUUGUUCUUUCUUCUUCAAUCUUUCAGAAAACCCAGAUUUUUAUUGAGUAGGUGAUGGAUGGAAUGAAUGGGCCGCCGGUUCUUGAUGUACCCGUUGUUGCCCCGCAAGAAACAAACGAAGUCGAAAGCUUGAAUCAACGUGUUGAUGAAAUAUUUGUAAGAGUUGACCAGCUCGAGCAACAACUGACUGAGGUGGAACAAUUUUACUCGAGUUCAAACACGAAGCAACCUAAUGCUCAAAAAGGCGGCUCCAACGGGAAAGAGAAAGAUAAGGAAAAGUUAGUUACGAACCUCAAAAAGAGGCAACAAGAUUCAGCUCGUAGGGAAGCGGUUGGCGUUAAGAGAAUGCAAGAGCUUAUGCGCCAGUUCGGUACACUAUUGCGUCAGAUAACUCAACACGAGUGGGCGGACCCGUUUAUGAAGCCCGUUGACGUGAUAGGUCUUGGCUUGCAUGACUACUAUCAAGUUAUCGAGAAGCCGAUGGAUUUCAGUACAAUAAAAAGCAAAAUGGAGGCCAAAGAUGGAACUGGUUACAAAAACGUUCGAGAGAUUUGCUCAGAUGUGCGGCUGAUAUUUAAAAACGCAAUGAAAUAUAACGACGAAAGGGACGAUGUGCAUGUUAUGGCCAAAAGUUUGUUGGAUAAGUUCGAGACGAAAUGGCUGCAACUUUUGCCAAAAGUUGAUGAAGAGGAAAAAAGGCGGAAAGAAGAAGAAGCUGAAUUAAAACAAGGUAUGCAGCUUGCUCAAGAGGCUGCUCAUGCUAAAAUGGCUCGAGAUUUAACUUUUCAGCUGGAUGAGGUCGAUACGAAUCUGGAAGAACUCCGAGAAAUGGUACUUCAGAAGUGCAGGUAUGUUAUGUGGCAAACACGUAGAAAUAAUAUUGACUAAAAUGCCCUUCUAAAGGUUCUUAUUUGACAUAUUUACCCAUUUGUGGCU